AUGUCGUCCAAAGCACCCAGUCUCACCGUCUCCUCCUCCCCAUCAACUUCCACCUCGACCUCCCUCUCCCGACUUCAGACCAUCGCCAACCACAUGUCUCCCGCAUCAAUAACAAACUUUCCCGCCGAGGCUGUGCCUCAGGCCCCCGAAGACCCUCUCUUUGGCCUCAUGAGGGCAUACAAGGCGGACCAAAACCCCGACAAGGUCGAUCUCGGAAUCGGUGCGUACCGCGACGACAAUGCAAAGCCGUGGGUUCUCCCGGUUGUCAAGAAGGCCGAUGAGAUUUUACGCAACGACCCCGAAGCGAACCACGAAUACCUCCCCAUUGCUGGUCUUGCGUCGCUUACCAGCAAAGCGGCCGAGCUACUACUGGGCACCGGAGCUCCCGCCAUCGCCGAGAAGCGUGUAGCUUCUGUACAGACCAUCUCAGGAACUGGUGCCGUCCACUUGGGUGCCCUUUUCCUUGCCAGAUUCUACAAGGUGAAUGGCGCCAACCGCACGCUCUACCUCAGCAACCCUACCUGGGCGAACCACCACCAGAUCUUCACCAAUGUCGGCAUCCCAAUCGAGCAGUAUCCCUACUUCGACAAGAAGACCAAGGGCCUGGAUUUUGAGGGGAUGAAGGCCUCCCUCGCCAAUGCCCCGGACCGCAGCAUCAUCCUCCUGCACGCCUGUGCUCACAAUCCCACCGGUGUUGACCCCACUCCCGAGCAAUGGCGUGAGAUUGCUGAGCUCAUGAAGGCCAAGAAGCACUUCCCUUUCUUUGAUACGGCCUAUCAAGGUUUUGCUUCGGGUGACUUGGACCGCGAUGCCGGUGCUAUCCGUUACUUUGUCGAACAGGGCUUCGAGCUCGUCAUCGCUCAGUCCUUUGCCAAGAACUUUGGUCUCUAUGGCGAACGUGCUGGCUGCUUCCACUUUGUGGCCCCUCCAGCACCGGACGCUGCCGAAGUCACCACCCGUGUAGCUUCCCAACUGGCCAUUCUGCAGCGGUCAGAGAUCAGUAACCCGCCGAUUUACGGCGCCCGCAUUGCCUCGAUCGUGCUGAACGACAAGGAUCUGUUUGCUGAGUGGCAAGAGAACCUCCGCACCAUGUCUGGCCGCAUUAUUGCCAUGCGCCAGGCGCUGCGGUCCAAGCUGGAAGAGUUGGGCACGCCUGGCCAGUGGAACCAUAUCACCGACCAGAUCGGUAUGUUCAGCUUCACUGGCCUGUCUGAAGCUCAGGUCCAGAAGAUCAGGUCAGAUUUCCACAUUUACAUGACCAAGAACGGGCGCAUCAGCAUGGCUGGUCUGAACACCAGAAAUAUCGAGUACGUGGCCAAGGCCAUUGACAGGGUUGUGCGUGACUUGUCAUGA